AAUUUUAGGCGCUGAAUUGGGAAGCGUCAUAUGAUACCGGUUAUUGUGAAUGAUGAAAGAAACUAGUUUGACCAGAAAACGUAUAUUAUGAUAUACGUUCUCUGGUUUGACAACUUAUUAUUUUACACACUCCUCCCCCGAAUAUUUGUGUAAAAAGCUCACACUAUACUUCUUUCGGCUAUGAACAGUUAUUACUUGCUAAGCCGAGAUUCAGUUGUUCCGCGACUUUUGCUCACAUCAAAUCGUGAUAAAGGAAAGUUAGUAAUAAUUUACUUGUCAAAUCUUCCGUAAUAAAAAGUAUACAAUAAAUUUUAUAAAAUAUUAAUAAAUUUCUAUACCAAAACAACAUGAAGUCAGUAACUCUUGUCGCAAUAUUGGCAUUCGCGCUCUGUCUUGCCUAUGUGCAUGCAGACUGUGAUGAUUCCGCACAAAGCAAUGAAGACGGUGAAGUUAAACACUUCUUUAAGAAUUUGGGCUGCAAAAUACAGAAAGGUGCCGAAAAUUUGCAGGAGAACGCCAAACCAUGGGCAGAAAAGAUCGGUACAUCGGCUAAGGAGUUCGGCAGUACAGUGGCGCAAAAGUACGACGAGUUGAAGCACAAAUUGACAGAUGACAACAAUGAAAACGGCCCAUCAAGUCCCUUCCCAGUGGCAAAUGCUCCAACUGAAAAGGUGCCCUUAGCACCGUUGACUGGUGAAGCAGCCGCAUCGUCUAACAAUCCGGCUCUAGCAGCACCAGUAUCCGCAGCUGGCAAAGACUCGUGAAUGCCCAAAGGGCCAAGCAGUCGAUCACUUGCGUCAAUGUCGUCCAAAUGUUUAAUGUAUCACAAAAUUUACUCGUCUUUUCGAAUGUUCUACAGUGGAGUGGAUCGUGGUAAUACAGGUUGAUAAAUUCAAACUAGAGAAUAACUUAUGUUGACUCAUAACGCAAAAUUCGAUAAUUGGCAAAGUAAUUAAUAACUUCAAAUUCGUCUAAAUGUAUCUGUGAAAUUUUAAAGCCUUUGAACAAAUCGCAAUUUUUUACUUACACAUAUACAUACAUAAUACAUUUAACAAUUUAACAAAA